UCCGGUUUGGGGUUUUUGUAAACACAACAAGCCAACACACACACACACACACGUACACGUUCAUUACCUCGCUGACACGGUUAAAAUAGAUGUCACCAAUUGUGUUAUCAGCCACAGUGUAACUCAGACUUUGGACUUUGGAGAGAAGCAGCUCCUCCUGUCUACUUUCCGUCGACCUCUUCACGGAAUGACCACAAACUACCAGCUAGCUAGCGAUAGCUGAGCUACAGUCAAACCAAAGCGUUGAGCUGCUCGGGGUUAGCUCCAGCUGACGCUCGCUGCGGUGUUUGUCACUUCCAGAGAGAAGAGGACACUCUCAUGGUGGUCUCAGUUCAAUGGGGAACUGUCUGUUUUCACAAGGUGCGGAUGACCUGUCGCUGCUGAACGAGUCCGAGGGGGGCAGCCUUCCCGGGGAGCCUCCUCCGCCCUACCAGGAGCGCACCCAGUCAGCGCCAGUGUACCAUCCCACCCCAGGUGAGAGCCGCCUGGCUUGCCAGCUGACCGAGGAGGAGCAGGUCCGCAUUGCCCAGCGAAUCGGUCUGAUCCAGCACCUGCCCAGAGGCAUGUUCGACCCGGGCUCCGACCCCUCUGACAGGAAAGUUAAAGAGUGUGUGAUCUGCAUGGUGGAUUUUGAAUACAGCGAUCCCAUUCGGUUCUUGCCCUGCCUUCACAUCUACCACGUGGAUUGCAUUGACCCCUGGCUGAUGCGCUCCUUCACCUGCCCCUCCUGCAUGGAGCCGGUGGAUGCGGCGCUGCUGUCCUCUUACGAAACCAACUGAGCAGCCCCGCGAUGGCUGCUCCUGCCUAAAGAAAAAAGUAACUGCACCUUUUUAGUCGAAACUGUCCUAGCUGUUGAAACAGGUAGCCAAGGUGAUGUGGCAUUAUGCAGAUGUGGGUUGUUCUAGGGUGCAGACAGAUGUUGAAAACUGUACUCUACAGUACGUUGCUUAGGUCUGAUAUGCACCUAUUUGGGCUUUGGAAACUUUUUGCCUUUUACAGUAGCAUAAUGUGCCAAAUCAAGCUAGAUGAAGACUAUGGUAAGCUGUACACGUAGCAAAAUAUUACUGCAAAGUAAUUUCACUUUUGUGUGACUGAUUUUUUUGGUAAUUAGAUGCAUGUCACCAAUGUAAUUUACUUCCCCGUCCCCCCAGAUGUAAUGUGCAAUAUGUUAUAUCGAUGGAGAAAAUGCAGGACAUUUGUCUUGGUCAAGUGAGCAUCAUUGUUUGUCAAAAAAUCCGGUGAAAAUAUGAAGUGAACUUAACUUACUGUGUUUUUCUCAUGAACCCAUGGCCUUGAAUGUCACAAAAACACAGGCCUUCCUACCGAUAUGCAAUCAUCAAACACACAGGAAAAAGGUUUUUCUGAACAAAGAGAAGUUAUGAGUUCCCACGACCGUUCAUGUCUUCAGCGCUAUGUGGUAAAAUGUCAGUUUAUGUUUUGUUAUCAGAUAAAAUGUCAGUUUUUGAAGAAAUCUGAAGAUCAAAUCUAUUUUGUUUUGACUUGGGUCUCUUUGUAUGUAUUGUCGUUUCUUUUGAAGCUGCUUUUGUGAAUGUGGAUCUUUUUUUUGUUUGUUUGUUUUUUUGCCUUUCCACAUUAUGGAUCUCCUUCUUUACUUUGCCUGGAGCUCUCAGUUUUGUGUUGUCCUCUUCUGUGUGUCCUUUUCAUUGUUUACCGUCAGUGACAUUUACAAAGAUAUGCUGUGCAAUCCCCUCCCUCAAAGCACCUUGGGAUACCCCUCAUCUAGCACUCUGUAGCUUGUACAUUUAAUAGAUGAUUGUGAGUUUUGAUAAGUGUGUAUGUGUGUGAUGUUUUUGUUUGUUUGUUUUGAGGGGAUGGUGGGUAGAGAUUGGCAUGUUGAAGUAACUUUGUGAAUUAACCCUGUCAGUUGUGAACGUUGUUGUAGCUCCUCUCUUGGAGCUGUUGGGGUUUUGUUUCGUGUUGAUGGCCUUCUUACAACAAGUGAUGAAUUUCCAGAGCUCCUGGGUCUGGUCAAACAAAACGCUUUUACGUUUUGGUAUCGGACGUGUACUAUCUGUUACCGACUGCACAAUGAACAAGCAGCAGUAGAAAGGAAUGUAUCUUGAAUGUAAAGAAUUGUUUCAGCUUUUAAAGAUAUGAACAUUGUAGGUGAGAAUAAGAGGACAUUUCUGAUUUACUCAGGCUUCUGUGCCUUUUAAGUUUGAGGUAAGCCAAUUCCUGUGAAGUACAAUCAUUUCUGACGUGACUUUCGAUUUUCUUUUAGUUGUCCUCUAGGGGGAGACAGAUACCAGCACUGAACUGAGUUGAGUCACUAUGAAAUAGGCCGAGGCUGGAGCCAGAAAUUUGCUCUGGCUGCUGUAAACAGUCAUUUUGUGUUUUAAUUUAUAAUUUGUGCCACCAGUGCACAGGUUUUAGGAAAGUCAUGAAACCACAAUAAAAAUUUUACACAAGUA